AUGAACAAAGCCAUGAAAAUGUGUAACAAAAAGUUUAAGGAAAAGGGAAAUAGCGGUGUUGUAAAAGCAACUGUCCUCUCAGACCGUAAGGACUGGAGGACUGUGAUCAGCAGACGUGCUAGGAGGAUCACAGGCUGCCGCCCUGGGGGACGCCCUGGGAGGUGGGGAGAGCCAGGGACGCCUGGUGGUCUCCUACUGUCGGUCAGAGGACCGAGUUCUGUUGUUGAAGCGAAAGCUUCCCCCUCCGCGGCCGUCCGACUCUUUUGCCUGCUUGUGGAAGACGCGGACGGUUUUAAUAUGGGACAGACAGUGACGACCCCCCUUAGUUUGACUCUCGACCAUUGGACUGAAGUUAGAUCCAGGGCUCAUAAUUUGUCAGUUCAGGUUAAGAAGGGACCUUGGCAGACUUCCGGUGCCUCUGAAUGGCCAACAUUCGAUGUUGGAUGGCCAUCAGAGGGGACUUUUAAUUCUGAAAUUAUCCUGGCUGUUAAAGCAAUCAUUUUUCAGACUGGACCCGGCUCUCAUCCUGAUCAGGAGCCCUAUAUCCUUACGUGGCAAGAUUUGGCAGAAGAUCCUCCGCCAUGGAUCGAGGAGCCGCCGACUUGGCCGGAACCCCAACCUGUUCCCCCACCCCCUUAUCCAGCACAGGGUGCUGUGAGGGGACCCUCUGCCCCUCCUGGAGCUCCGGUGGUGGAGGGACCUGCUGCCGGGACUCGGAGCCGGAGAGGCGCCACCCCGGAGCGGGCAGACGAGAUCGCGAUAUUACCGCUGCGCACCUAUGGCCCUCCCAUGCCGGGGGCCAAUUGCAGCCCCUCCAGUAUUGGCCCUUUUCUUCUGCAGAUCUCUAUAAUUGGAAAACUAACCAUCCCCCUUUCUCAGAGGAUCCCCAACGCCUCACGGGAGGCUAGAAAAAAUGUUCCUGGGGCCGACGGGCGACCCACGCAGUUGCAAAAUGAGAUUGACAUGGGAUUUCCCUUGACUCGCCCCGGUUGGGACUACAACACGGCUGAAGGUAGGGAGAGCUUGAAAAUCUAUCGCCAGGCUCUGGUGGCGGGUCUCCGGGGCGCCUCAAGACGGCCCACUAAUUUGGCUAAGGUAAGAGAGGUGAUGCAGGGACCGAACGAACCUCCCUCGGUAUUUCUUGAGAGGCUCAUGGAAGCCUUCAGGCGGUUCACCCCUUUUGAUCCUACCUCGGAGGCCCAGAAAGCCUCAGUGGCCCUGGCCUUCAUUGGGCAGUCGGCUCUGGAUAUCAGAAAGAAACUUCAGAGACUGGAAGGGUUACAGGAGGCUGAGUUACGUGAUCUAGGGAGACGGGGUUCGGACCCCCUCCCCGAGCCCAGGGUAACUUUGAAGGUGGAGGGGCAACCAGUUGAGUUCCUGGUUGAUACCGGAGCGGAGCAUUCAGUGCUGCUACAACCAUUAGGAAAACUAAAAGAAAAAAAAUCCUGGGUGAUGGGUGCCACAGGGCAACGGCAGUAUCCAUGGACUACCCGAAGAACCGUUGACUUGGGAGUGGGACGGGUAACCCACUCGUUUCUGGUCAUCCCUGAGUGCCCACUACCCCUUCUAGGUAGAGACUUACUGACCAAGAUGGGAGCUCAAAUUUCUUUUGAACAAGGAAGACCAGAAGUGUCUGUGAAUAACAAACCCAUCACUGUGUUGACCCUCCAAUUAGAUGAUGAAUAUCGACUAUAUUCUCCCCAGGUAAAGCCUGAUCAAGAUAUACAGUCCUGGUUGGAGCAGUUUCCCCAAGCCUGGACAGAAACCGCAGGGAUGGGUUUGGCAAAGCAAGUUCCCCCACAGGUUAUUCAGCUGAAGGCCAGUGCUACACCAGUAUCAGUCAGACAGUACCCCUUGAGUAGAGAGGCUCGAGAAGGAAUUUGGCCGCAUGUUCAAAGAUUAAUCCAACAGGGCAUCCUAGUUCCUGUCCAAUCCCCUUGGAAUACUCCCCUGCUACCGGUUAGGAAGCCUGGGACCAAUGAUUAUCGACCAGUACAGGACUUGAGAGAGGUCAAUAAAAGGGUGCAGGACAUACACCCAACGGUCCCGAACCCUUAUAACCUCUUGAGCGCCCUCCCGCCUGAACGGAACUGGUACACAGUAUUGGACUUAAAAGAUGCCUUCUUCUGCCUGAGAUUACACCCCACUAGCCAACCACUUUUUGCCUUCGAAUGGAGAGAUCCAGGUACGGGAAGAACCGGGCAGCUCACCUGGACCCGACUGCCCCAAGGGUUCAAGAACUCCCCGACCAUCUUUGACGAAGCCCUACACAGGGACCUGGCCAACUUCAGGAUCCAAUACCCUCAGGUGACCCUCCUCCAGUACGUGGAUGACCUGCUUCUGGCGGGAGCCACCAAACAGGACUGCUUAGAAGGUACGAAGGCACUACUGCUGGAAUUGUCUGACCUAGGCUACAGAGCCUCUGCUAAGAAGGCCCAGAUUUGCAGGAGAGAGGUAACAUACUUGGGGUACAGUUUGCGGGGCGGGCAGCGAUGGCUGACGGAGGCACGGAAGAAAACUGUAGUCCAGAUACCGGCCCCAACCACAGCCAAACAAGUGAGAGAGUUUUUGGGGACAGCUGGAUUUUGCAGACUGUGGAUCCCGGGGUUUGCGACCUUAGCAGCCCCACUCUACCCGCUAACCAAAGAAAAAGGGGAAUUCUCCUGGGCUCCUGAGCACCAGAAGGCAUUUGAUGCUAUCAAAAAGGCCCUGCUGAGCGCACCUGCUCUGGCCCUCCCUGACGUAACUAAACCCUUUACCCUUUAUGUGGAUGAGCGUAAGGGAGUAGCCCGAGGAGUUUUAACCCAAACCCUAGGACCAUGGAGGAGACCUGUUGCCUACCUGUCAAAGAAGCUUGAUCCUGUAGCCAGUGGUUGGCCCGUAUGCCUGAAGGCUAUCGCAGCUGUGGCCAUACUGGUCAAGGACGCUGACAAAUUGACUUUGGGACAGAAUAUAACUGUAAUAGCCCCCCAUGCAUUGGAGAACAUCGUUCGGCAGCCCCCAGACCGAUGGAUGACCAACGCCCGCAUGACCCACUAUCAAAGCCUGCUUCUCACAGAGAGGGUCACUUUCGCUCCACCAGCCGCUCUCAACCCUGCCACUCUUCUGCCUGAAGAGACUGAUGAACCAGUGACUCAUGAUUGCCAUCAACUAUUGAUUGAGGAGACUGGGGUCCGCAAGGACCUUACAGACAUACCGCUGACUGGAGAAGUGCUAACCUGGUUCACUGACGGAAGCAGCUAUGUGGUGGAAGGUAAGAGGAUGGCUGGGGCGGCGGUGGUGGACGGGACCCGCACGAUCUGGGCCAGCAGCCUGCCGGAAGGAACUUCAGCGCAAAAGGCUGAGCUCAUGGCCCUCACGCAAGCUUUGCGGCUGGCCGAAGGGAAAUCCAUAAACAUUUAUACGGACAGCAGGUAUGCCUUUGCGACUGCACACGUACACGGGGCCAUCUAUAAACAAAGGGGGUUGCUUACCUCAGCAGGGAGGGAAAUAAAGAACAAAGAGGAAAUUCUAAGCCUAUUAGAAGCCUUACAUUUGCCAAAAAGGCUAGCUAUUAUACACUGUCCUGGACAUCAGAAAGCCAAAGAUCUCAUAUCUAGAGGGAACCAGAUGGCUGACCGGGUUGCCAAGCAGGCAGCCCAGGCUGUUAACCUUCUGCCUAUAAUACAAACGCCCAAAGCCCCAGAACCCAGACGACAGUACACCAUAGAAGACUGGCAAGAGAUAAAAAAGAUAGACCAGUUCUCUGAGACUCCGGAGGGGACCUGCUAUACCUCAUAUGGGAAGGAAAUCCUGCCCCACAAAGAAGGGUUAGAAUAUGUCCAACAGAUACAUCGUCUCACCCACCUAGGAACUAAACACCUGCAGCAGUUGGUCAGAACAUCCCCUUAUCAUGUUCUGAGGCUACCAGGAGUGGCUGACUCGGUGGUCAAACAUUGUGUGCCCUGCCAGCUGGUUAAUGCUAAUCCUUCCAGAAUACCUCCAGGAAAGAGACUAAGGGGAAGCCACCCAGGCGCUCACUGGGAAGUGGACUUCACUGAGGUAAGUCAGGGACUGGCCAAGAUAUUGGGGAUUGAUUGGAAACUGCAUUGUGCAUACAGACCCCAAAGCUCAGGACAGGUAGAGAGGAUGAAUAGAACCAUUAAAGAGACCCUUACUAAAUUGACCACGGAGACUGGCAUUAAUGAUUGGAUAGCUCUCCUGCCCUUUGUGCUCUUCAGGGUUAGGAACACCCCUGGACAGUUUGGGCUGACCCCCUAUGAAUUGCUCUACGGGGGACCCCCCCCCGUUGGUAGAAAUUGCUUCUGUACAUAG